GGCGACGACUGGAGCGGCCGGGGCGGCGGCGGCUGUGGGCUCAGCUCCUUGUUGGGGAUUCGGCGGCGGCGGCGGCGGCGGCGGCGGCGGCUCGGGCACGCGCUUCCUAGUGACGCAGGCGGUGGGAUUGUAGCUCUGUACUGAGGGCCCAUGGCUGGGGCAGCGCACAGCUCACAGGUCAAGCGGACCCCUCGGCGCGGAGGAAUUGUUUCCCACCGGAGUAUUUAUCUAAAGGACCGGAAAAGGGUCCGGAAGUGCUUGGAGGUCAGACACUCUUGAGCCUAAGCCCGCGAAGUUCCGACCUACUGGCGACCGGCAGGGGGAAUUUUGUCUCAUAGACACACACACACAGCCAGCAAGCCUACUUCUGAGAAUAGACUUGAGAUGCCCCAAAUCACCCUGAGUGGUGUGACAGUGGACUUCCCCUUCCAGCCAUACAAAUGCCAAGAGGAGUACAUGACCAAGGUCCUGGAGUGUCUGCAGAAGAGUGUGAAUGGCAUCCUGGAGAGCCCCACAGGCACUGGGAAGACUCUGUGCCUGCUCUGUGCCACACUGGCCUGGCGGGAACACCUCCGAGACACCAUCUCUGCCCGGAAGAUUGCCGAGAGGACAGAAGGGGAGCUCUUCUCCCACCGGGCCUUGGCAUCCUGGGGGAAUGCAGCCACCGAUGGAGAUGCUAUAGCUUGCUACAUGGACAUCCCCAAGAUCAUCUAUGCCUCCAGGACCCACUCACAGCUCACACAAGUCAUCAGCGAGCUUCGGAAUACUUCCUACCGGCCCCGGGUAUGUGUGCUGGGCUCUCGGGAACAGCUGUGCAUCCACCCUGAGGUGAAGAAGCAAGAGAGUAACAUGCACAUGCAGAUUCACCUGUGCCGCAAGAAGGUGACGAGCCGCUCCUGUCACUUCUACAACAACGUGGAAGAGAAGAGCCUAGAGGAGGAACUGGCCACCCCAAUCCUGGACAUCGAGGACCUGGUUCGCGGUGGGAACAAGCACAAGGUGUGUCCUUACUACCUGUCCCGGAACCUGAGGCAGCAGGCUGACAUCAUCUUCAUGCCCUACAACUACCUGCUGGACAGCAAGAGCCGCCGGGCACAUGGCAUCGACCUGAAGGGCACAGUAGUGAUCUUUGACGAAGCACACAACGUGGAGAAGAUGUGUGAGGAGUCAGCCUCCUUUGACCUAACUCCACACGACGUAGCUUCUGGACUGGACAUCCUGGACCAGGUUUUGGAGGAGCAGACCAAGGCAGCACAGCAUGGCGAGCUGUACCCUGAGUUCAGUGCAGACUCCAACACAGGACUGAAGCUGGAGCUGGAAGAUCUGGCCAAGCUGAAGAUGAUCCUGUUGCGUCUGGAAGCAGCCAUUGAUGCUAUCCAGCUGCCUGGAGACGACGGCGGUGUCACAAAGCCAGGGAGCUACAUCUUUCAGCUGUUUGCUGAGGCCCAGAUUACUUCUCAGAGCAAGAGCUGCAUCCUUGACUCCCUGGACCAGAUCAUCCAGCACCUGGCAGGACGUGCUGGGCUCUUCACCAACACAGCGGGCCUGCAGAAGCUGGCCGACAUCAUUCAGAUCGUGUUCAGUGCUGAUCCAGACUGUAUCCCUUCCAUGGGGGGACUCGGGGCCUCCCAGUCAUACAAGGUGCACAUCCAUGCUGACACCAGCCACCGGAAGGCAGCUCAACGCUCAGGCGCCUGGAACGCGACUGUGAGCAGAAAGCCAGGGAAGGUGCUGAGCUACUGGUGCUUCAGCCCAGGCUAUACCAUGCGGGAGCUGGUCCAGCAGGGGGUGCGUACACUCAUCCUCACCAGUGGCACACUGGCCCCUGUGUCCUCCUUUGCCCUGGAGAUGCAGAUCCCCUUCCCCGUGCGCUUGGAGAACCCCCACGUCAUCCAGCAGCACCAGGUCUGGGUGGGGAUCGUCCCCAAAGGCCCUGACGGAGCCCAGCUGAGUUCAGCUUUUGACAAACGUUUCUCCAAGGAGUGCUUAUCAUCUCUGGGCAAGGCGCUAGGCAACAUCGCCCGAGUGGUCCCCCAUGGGCUCCUGGUCUUCUUUCCUUCUUACCCUGUCAUGGAGAAGAGCCUGGAGUUCUGGCAGGCUCAUGAUUUCUCCAAGAAGCUGGAGGCACUGAAGCCCAUCUUUGUGGAGCCACGGAGCAAAGGGGGCUUCUCUGAGGUGAUGGAGGCCUACUAUGCUCGGGUUGCUGCCCCAGGCUCCAGUGGGGCUACCUUCUUGGCUGUGUGUCGAGGGAAGGCCAGUGAGGGGCUGGACUUUGCAGAUACCAAUGGUCGGGGCGUGAUCAUCACGGGGCUCCCAUACCCCCCACGCAUGGAUCCCCGGGUGGUGCUCAAAAUGCAGUUUUUGGAUGAGAUGAGGAGUCAGAGCGGAGCAGGUGGCCAGUUCCUCUCCGGGCAUGAUUGGUACCGGCAGCAAGCAUCCAGGGCAGUGAACCAGGCCAUCGGGCGGGUUAUCCGGCAUCGCCAUGACUAUGGAGCUGUCUUUCUCUGUGACCACAGGUUCACCCAUGUAGAUGCCAGAGCCCAGCUGCCUUCCUGGGUGCGCCCCCAUGUCCGAGUCUACACCAACUUCGGCCCCGUCAUCCGGGAUGUGGCUCACUUCUUCCGUGUGGCUCAGAAAGUUAUGCCUGUGCCAGUCCCCCGAGUUGCUGUUCUGAGUCUGGGUGAGGGAGAAGGUGCAGCGGCCUCAGAGCCCAUCCCCCUGUCUGCCAGGAAGGCCCGUUGCCUGGACCUGCAUGUCCCCAGUCUGAGGCGGGCACACACAGGUUCACCCCCUGCCUUGGACCCUGAAGCCAACGUGUGUACAGAGUACACACAGGAGCCUGCCCAGGUGCCGACGAGGCCCAGAGGGCUGCUGGCUGCCCUGGAGCAUAGUGAGCAGUUGGCCGGGGGCCUCUGGGACGAGGACCAGGACAGCUCGGAGGAGUGUGAGGCGAGACCAGCAGACAAGCAGCGAGGAGGGAGGAAGAAGAUUAGACUGGUCAGACACCAGGAGGGACCAGCUGAGGGCAUGCAUCAUCAGGACAAGGCCAAGCUAUUCAUGGUGGUUGUGAAGCAGGCACUGAGCCAGAGCAGCUUCAGCGCCUUCACGCGGGCCCUGCAGCACUACAAGGCCUCCGAUGACUUCCAAGCCCUAGUGGCCCGCCUCCAACCCCUCUUUGCUGAGGACCCCAAGAAGCACAACCUGCUGCGAGGCUUCUACCAGUUCGUGCGGCCACACCACAAGCAGCACUUUGAGGAGGUCUGCCUGCAGCUGACAGGCCAGGGCUGUGGUUUCCAGCCCAGGAGCAGCCUUCCUGGGAAGCAGCAGCAGUCAGCCCCCAGUGGGAAGAGGGAGCCAUCCCAGAGCACAGUGGGGCAGUUGGAUGUCAGGGAGCACCUGAACCAAGGUGGGCCCCACCUGGACAGCGGAGCAGCCCUAGCAGGUAGCCAGGAGCAUGGCUGUCCUGGGGCAGGUGGUAGUUUUGAACCCCCAGGGUGCCAGAGGCCUUGCCUCCCACCAGGAGCCCCAGUCCUGGAGAAGCACAACCAGUCAGCAGCCAGCACCUACCUGGCAGAUACUCGAAGUGCCCUAGGCGCCACAGCCUGCAGCCAGCUCCUGGUGGCACUGACAGCCUAUAAGCAGGAUGAUGACUUUGACAAGGUGGUGGCAGUGGUGGCUGCUCUCACCACAUCGAGGCCUGAGGACUUCCCCCUGCUACAGAGGUUCAGCAUGUUUGUGCGGCCCCACCACAAGCAGCGUUUCUGGCAGACCUGUGCUGACUUGACUGGCCUGCCUACCCCUGGCACCAAGCAGCUGGGACCCCAGGAGGGGUGCCCCUCCACACCUCCAGACGUCGACCUCAGGGACCCAAGGCCAGGCUCCCCCCUGCCAGAGACCUCCGGGGAGACCCAGGACGGUGCUGCCUUCCAUCCAGAAGUGCCAGCUGGUGAGGCAGGCACUCCAGAGCAGGUCCCUCCAGCCCCCCACAGGCCUGUGUUGUCAGUGACAGGCAAGUAUUGGAGUGGAAUGGUGUGCAGGGGCUGCGAGACAGCCAGUGUGCUCUUCCAGUGUCCCUUCUGUGACUUCCACCGCUGCCGUGCCUGCUGGAAACUCCACUUCCAGGCCUCCAGGACAUGCCCAGCCUGCCACAAGUCUGUCAGGAUGCAGAGGCUCUCACAGGUGUUCUGGCCAGAGCUGCAGUGAUAGCCCAAGACUCUGCAAGGUCAGCUACAGUGAGGCAUCCACCGAGGGCACAAUCCUCACGCUCCUGCUGGUUGCCCACAGCGGCCAGACCCAGGCAGGAGCCCAAUAUCCACAGGAACUGCUGAUGGCAGCUGCUCU